GAAAAACGGUUUGUUUUUACCGAGAGCAGGAAGCGUCGCUGAUGUUCACCUCUACUGCACCUCUAAAACAACGGUUGCAACAUUUCUUUUAUAGCUGGUUGGCUUUAGGGCAGUUGUUAUCUUAGCUCGCCAUGGCUCUGUGUGGGGGCGUCGGAGCCAUGGCUUUGCCCAGCGAGCUUAUCGUGCACAUAUUCUCCUUUCUAUCCGACCGAGACAAGCUCCGGGCCUCGGCCGUGUGCUCACGGUGGAGGGAGUGUCUCUUCUACCCCGCACUGUGGACCGAGCUCAAACUGCGGAUAGGAGGCGGAUGUAACGGCGGCGGCUCCAGCUCCGACGAGACCCCGAGGCUGGAGUUCCUCAUGCGAAAGUUUGGUUCUUUCGUGCGGGAGCUGCAGCUGGACCUCGCGCCGGUGGAAGGUAAUCUUAGUCACCUGAACAGCGACCCGUCGUCCAACAGGACGGACCAGCCUCCCGAUCCCAACAGCGACCCGCGACUCUCGGAGCGAUGGAGAGACGCCAUGGCUACCUACUUGGACCAGGUGUUGUGCGUGUUCACUGGCAUCCGAAACAACAGGAACCUGCAGAAGCUCAGUCUGUAUGGAGACACAUUCAUUCUCCAGCAAGAGGGCCUAUUGGACAGCUCAAACCUGCACCAGAUACACCAGGGGGACAAAAAGAUCAAUGAAAUCCAGCAGUUGUUCAUGGAGUUGUUGUCCAACAGCAGGCAGCUGAGGUGGUUGUCCUGUAGCUUCAUGUUGGGUCUGGUGACUCCCUGUUCAUUAGCCUGCUUGUCAAACCCUUCAGCUGAGACUCUGCAGCACCUGAGUUUACUUGACCACCAGUUAGGUCCAAUCAUCUCACCAUCAGAGUUGGAUCGUCUUUCUAACCUUCGUUCUCUGGCUUUGGAUUUCUCUGACUUCACGUCUGAGCUUUGCGGUUUGCUGGCAUCUCCACGCAGAACUCCACUGCACCGUCUUUCCCUGCUGCUCAGCGGUGCCGCCCUGGAGUUCAAGCCAUUAGAAGGAACAGCUACAGAAGACGAUUGGAAGGCACUGGUUCGUGUGAGUGCCAACCUGCGAGUGUACAUCAUGGCCCUGGAGGUCGACAGCUCUGAGCUCCUCAGAAUCCUAAAGCCAAGCCUUCCCCUGGAGCGCCUUCACCUCGACAGUUACAGCACACUGGUGACCGACGCCACUCUGGAACUCAUCUCUCAGCAGUACAACAAAACGCUGACUCACUUUCUUCUCCUGAGGGAUGGCACCAACUUCCCUGACCUCAGCAUCAAUCGCAAUGAAGACCCUUUGGUUCUCUUGGCAUGGAGAUGCACUCAGCUGGCUGUACUUGUGAUACAUGGUUACACUAUAUGGUCUCAUAACCUGGUGGCCAUCUCUCGACUGCGAGGCUCCAGUCUUCGUGUCCUGACUGUCUCAGAAGAGAGCAUCGACUUCGACCCGGACCAGUCCGUGUAUGUGGAGGGCGACCCAGUCCACAACCUGGUCAAGGAGGUUUCGCUGGGCCUAGGCCGCGUCUGGCACCCAUGCCUGGAUUCCAGCCUGGUUUUGGCCGAACCGACCCAGCAAUUCCAUCGCGAGCUGCACGCCUUCAGCAUGGGCAUGUAGACAAAGGUUGUUAAACCCAACACGUCACAGCCUAAACGGUGUCAAGACCAGGCCAGACCAACAAAGUCAAGGUCAGCUGAACCCGAGCCAAAAGCAGACAGAAAUGACAAAUCUAACGCGGAUCUUAAAACAAUCUAUAAAUUGCAUACAUGUGACCUGAUGUGAGCGGAUUGUUUUUAUUUUAAUUUUUAUAUUGUGUUUCUCUCACAGGGGUUUUAGCACACAAUCAAGUCCUACCACUUUCCAGUAGAUCCCCUGUUUUCUUGCUUUACCUUUUCGUUCUAUUUAGUUUCUUAGAAAAACAGACGCAGCUUUUGAUGUUUUAAAUACAUUUUGCAGUUAAAGGUCUUCUAUUAAAACUGACCAUUGUAUUUAAACUAUAUUAUUCAUUCAGUUUGAAGGAAUGUCACUCUGACCUGACUACAGGGAAGACUUCACAGAUUUUAAUUUGUCUGCUGAAAUUGGUCGUCUUUCUGCUUCAAGCGCCCACUUAGCCCAGUCUGGUCUGGUCUUGCCCACAAGUAUUCAGAGCUCUCUCCUUCACCUUAAUAACCUCCAGAGCCUCUGUAUUGUGUAACUUUGAUUCGUUUCUUGUGUUUCUUUCUUUUUUUUUUUUUUUGAUUGUUUUCCAUCCCUCCUUGCUCGGUGUAUAAUCUUGUUUUUCCUGCGUGGUGGUUCCCUUGUCCGUAUAGGCUUUGUGUGUAUUUAAAUACAGAUAUAUUAUUAUCCUGCUCACAGCUAGAACAGGAAAGACAGGCAGGUUGAGUGAAGACCCAUAGGGCUUUGAAUGGGGACGUGUGUUCAGACACAAGCUGUUAGCUUUAGUAAAGUAUUUUUCUUUGGAGCUCCACUCCAGCAACUCCACUCCCACUGGACGGUGUAAACUAACCAAUCAAAGACUUCCUAGGUAAUACAAACAUAGCUGCUUCUUUUGUUGCUCUGAAUGAGUACCUUGUGCACUCGUCCACUAGGUUGAGAGUGUUACCAGCAGGGUGGGAACCUCCACUGUAUAAUGGCUGACUUUGGCUUCUAAUGCAGUUUUCAGCAACAGCCUUGUCGGCUCCAUGACUCAGGUCAUUGUUAGGAGAGUUGCAUUUCAAACCCUAUGUGUUUUUUUUAAUUUUUUUAAGUGAGGGUUUCGACCAGUUACCGAUGGUGUUAUGGAGAAUAUUGUUACAUGAUUGCCGCCAAGCCACUUCCCACCCUGCUCACUUGUUGACUUCUUGGGAAACCUCACCAGUCUAAAUGGGAAGCCUCAUUUAGCAACAGUCAGAGCCAAACUAUCUCACAAUCUGCCCACAACAAUACAAUAUACCACUGAUCUAUAGUGAGCUGGUAGUAAAUCAUUGCAUUUUUCUAUAUUCAGGAUGAAUGUAUCUGCCUUUCCAGUUAGCAUGGCUGGUUCCAGAGCCCUUUAAGUUGUCACCUCUGUCAUUUGGUGUACCACUGAUUCAGAUGCGGAAGAAUCAAAGUGAACCAUGACACAGAGUCAAAGAAAAGAACGGGAACGUGCACCAUGAUAUGAAGGGCUCUGAGAUCAAAGACCUCUUCAAAUAGUUUUGCAUUAUUAAGAGAAAAGGGGGCCGUGUUCCAUAAUGCCAUAUUUGUGUGGGUUUUGCGAGGCUCUGUAACUGCUUCCAGAUCCUCGGUGAUGCCAUGCUAAAAUGGCUUCGUGCAGAGAAUUCCAAACCCAGGUAUUGCAGUCAUGGUCCACAGCACUGUAGUUUGGAACCUGUUUUUUUUUUUUUUCAGUGGCAUUUUUUGUAUUUUGGAGUGGAACAUUUCAUGACUAAGAAACCGAUGCACUGCAUGUAAUUUAACUUCUUAUUCUGUUGGCCAGUCGCUUAGCUUUUUCGUUCUAUAUUGAAUUCUUCUAGUAUAGCUGUAUUUGGCGCAGACAUUUCCCAGGGCUGCCUAAUAGCCCAGUUUGGGACAUUGUGCGUUCCACAGACAGCCGCGACAGCUUUUUAGUUUUGAGACUGAAACGUCACCUACAACACAACAAGGAUUCGGGGUCAUGUUGCUCAUGUCUGUGGCGAAAAGCGCUUCGCUGUCAGUCUCAGGUAGGCUUUAACAUCACUAUGACGAGGAGAGUGGUGUCAAUGUUGCGUAGGAUGUGAGAAACAAUCAGCUAAUGUGAGAAAAAGUAUUUUUCGUUUGUUUUGUGUUAUUUUAUGUCCUCUUGAGUCACAGUUGCCUUGGAAACAGCCCCCUUUUUUUCUGGAUACAGUUGCUGUCGUUGUUUAUGAUGUUGUUUAUCUUGCCAUCUGAUAAACCCUCGCUCCGCCUUGGUUGGAGGGUCAGCAAACCUAAUCAUACAUUUGUUUUCAAAGAUUAAGGUUGGUAAAGACUAAAGAAUGGCAAAACCAAGCUGCUCAUUGCACGUGUUUUCUACCUCCAGUAGAAAGACGUUGUUGGGGAUGGAGAGUGGCUGUGGAUUGGAGGCAAAUCUGUGCCAUCAAUAGAGGGCCUGCUGGGCCUAAUUAAUGUCUGAAGCGGUCGGUUUUCUGGGAUGAAAUGAUUCCUCCCUGGCACAGUGGAUCUUGUCUGGCUGAGCUUGUCCUUAGUAUUCAUUCACCAAGGCAUGACUUUGAUUAAAUUCCUGAGGGAGUGCCUUUAUUCAAAUAAAUGAAUGCUUCCCAUGCUCUGUGGAAGUGCAGCCAUGUUUGUGGCACCGGCCAGCCAGCGUAGACCCGAUCGCUUUUGCUCCAGACAGAUAUGAUUAGUCAAGAACUGGGGUCCAGGAUGGCAACGUGUGAUUCUCCAGUGUUGUGACUGCUCGAUGGUUAUAUGCGGUGACAGCUGCACCUGUGUCUGACGGCUGACUUGGGAUUUUACCAGGAAAACACAAGUUGAUUUGAGAUUUGUUAGCUGAUUUUCCUGAGUAUGCGGGCUACUGUCAGAAAAGUUACCCUCCCUCCCCCCAAGUGGCAUCAGCGCAGACAUAGUUGUAUACACCAUGGAUCUAUGAUGGACCAUAUCAAGGUAAAUAGUUUACGAAGUUGACCUGCAAUCUUUGCCCUGAUAUGGAGCCAGCGUCACAGUGCUAGCACUUUGCUAGCUUCAGAAUGGACUGGUCCUAGUGAUCGGCCUCUUGAUACCAAAUGUUUGUUCGUGUGUUAAGGGACCUUGAUGGUUUAGCCGUGAUAAUCUCUAUAGUCCUUGGUUCAUAUCUCAGGAUAAAUGCACUUUGGUACCAGGAGUUUCUUUUUAAGGCUGUCUGUGGCUGUAUAUAGCACUGUACAUUCAAACACCUGGAGGGGACUCAGAUACCAACAUGACACAUCCAGACCAAAAUAUGUUGGUUUUUAUCUUAUCUUCCUUCUCCCCUCCUCACUUUCCCUCUCAUCUCUUUUAAGAGCUCCACUUUGAUUCUUUUAUGUGAGGCAUUUAACCUGUUAGUGUUUAUAUUGUGUAUAGAUAAAAGCCACUUAAGGGGUGGAAAAAUCACAGCAGUUUUUAAGUCGAAUGUAACGUCAGACAAGGAUAUUCAUCUCAGCUGAGCUAAUGGAUUUUUACAGACAUCUAUUUUUAAAAAGAAGCAGAUUUUACUCCCUCCUCUGUUUCCUGUCUUCUCGGGUCUCUAGGUGUUACUGGCUCCACGCAAGAAAUCAGAUUUUGCUGUUUGGGUCGUCCAGCCUUGGCCUUGUUGCAGUGUUUCAACACAGAAUAAAAGCAGGGGAUGUUUGCCUGAUACAGUAAGGUUGAGCACAUUAAAGUCUUGAUUUUAGCUCUGAUUUUCCCCAGUGUCAAAAUGUAUACAAAGUACUGUUCAUAGUCAUAGAGUAUUUAUGCCACAGAACUGGAGCUAGACGUUUUUUGAAGAAUUCGUGGGGAGUUCUUUUCCUGUCCUUGCAAGGAGAGAAGAGCGGAGACAAAGUUAUGCUCAGCACGGCAACGCUAGCAGGCAACUUACUUCUGGUCUAGCUGCUUUUUAAACCCCAGCUCUCCACAAGUGAUAGCCCUGUAUUAGGCGUUAGUGGUUGCUGUGAUAGUUAGUUCACUCUUUAGGGAACCAGCGUUACCAGUGGCUUAAGGUUUCAGCACCCGCGUUUCCACUUCUUUCAGAGCGUGCCUGUGUUCGCUGUGCAAGUUUCCAUGUAUAUCAAGUAGAAAGGUGUGAAUAAGUUGUGUAUGUAAACAAGUGGUCAGCCCGUGCAGCCGUCAUACAUUUUCUGCAUGCCUGUGUGUAAGUGUGGGUGGGGUGGGGUGGGGUUGGCGGGUGGGGGGGGAGCUUGCUCGUGUUCAGCCGUGUGGCAUCACUCCCAUCACAGCAGGAAACAGGAACAGAAAUCGUUCGUUCUCAGGGUACAGUUGGUCUUUUAAAAAACAAAAGGAGGAGAAUGGAAAGUAACGAUGCUCAGGCCUCUAGCUCUCUCACGUGAAUAUUAUGAGUCACUGGAUCUGUUUUCCUCCAUUGAUGUGUUCUAAGCUGCCAAAGACCACAGUGGAACAAACUUAACCCAGACACAAAUCUAUCUGAAGUGCCCACAUACACACACACUCACACACACUCACACACACACACUGGCUGGGGACUGUUCCAGUAUUCCUUUUCUGCUCUACACCUCCUUUUAACACUUUCUGUUCUCUCCUUCUCCGAGUAUCUUCCACUGAACUCUCGUCGACUAAUAUUCUCUUCGUGUGUCCACGCCCUGCCCCUCGCUAUGCUUCGAACCAUUCUGUACCAGACCGGGUUAAAUGUCAGCAGUCUUGUCCUGUGGUUGGAGUGAAAACAGACCAAAGCAGACCUGUAAGCAAAGGUUUGGCCCAUCUUGUGUUUGUGGCUGCACCCUGUGUUAAGAAAAAUAAGAAUAUUUGUUUUGGAAGGCAUUAUUGGAUGUUUAUAUUCAACAUGACACUUAUAGGUUAGCAGCAUUGUUGCACGACUUGUACAGUGUGGCCAAAUACUUACCUCUGAAUGGCACUCAGGGUCCACAGUGCAUGUUGCCAGGCCUGUCCAGUCCAGUCCAGUCCAGUCCAGUGUGGUGCAGUUCUUCAUUGUGACAGAGGUUUAAGCAGAGAGGUCUGGAGUCGGACCACUCGUGACCAUACUCUUACUUCUUUCUCUUUCCUGUCCAGCACUUGUUACACUGUGAGGAGUGAGUGAAUGUAAAACUAAAGGCGAACGGGACAAAGCGCUUGGUUCAAUCUCAGAACAAGUCAGGGAUUUAAACACUCCCACAGAUGCUUCCAGAAGUUACAUUCUGACAGGUAGCAGCUUCCCAGCCGGGACGAUGGCCAGUGUGUCUGAUGCGCUGUGUAGUACGGCCCGUAAGCCAAGGUCAGAUACGAUCGGAAGUGUUUACUUCUGGGCUCUUGGACCUCUAAAGUGAUUCGCUGCUAAAGAUCCGCUAGGAACAGGACAUUCCACACGGGGCGGGGGGUCGCUCAGGCCAUCUGACUAGCAAAAAUUGUAUUACAUGGCUACAGCGUCUGCAUGAAAAUUAGACUCUAUAUACAGAUAUCCUAUAUUUUUUUUACUUUUCGUGGGAUUGAAGACACAGCUAGUACUGACGAGUCACACCAGAACAGCAGCUGGUCUGGGCAGAGGUGAGGUGUGAUACCAUUAAGAAGUGGUCGUGUAGAGUGUGCCGCUCUUUCAAAGGUCAGCUGUGUUUCUAACGGAUGUAUCCGCGAUGCCAUGCUUCAGCAUCCUGAGGCCAUUUCUGGGGCCUUUUGUGUCCGGUACACAAAAAAAAAACCUCACAUCUGAAGACGACAUACUAUGAGUGUGCUAAAUACGAGGGCGUUAGUCACAGCAGUAACAGUAUAUAUUCACUGUGGUUACGCGAGAGUGUAGACUGAAUUUAUUUAUACAACGUGUGCAGACUGAGGUUUGUUCUUGACUAUGCUAUACUGUGUUAACACAGACGGACAGACUGACGCACAGCAGGCGGGGCCUUAUUUUCAAUCAGUCCUGCCACACAAAUCACAGGUCUGAAGGCUCUAGACAUGAGAGGAGGUGUCAGUUAUUCAGGAGACCAUUACCAGCAGUUACUGUAUAUUUAAGUGGUUGUAAUCAUUUCAACCUGCCCUUUGACCUUUCUAUUUUUUUUUCUGUUUUGCUUUGAGUUUUUUUCUUAUUACGUGCAUUCAUAGAGUGUUCUCAGAAAAUAGCAGGGCCUGAUGAGUAAUAGAAUCCACAGAGCUGGCCUCUAACGCAGUCCAUCUGAGUCCGCUGCCAGUGGCCGUGUAUUUAACUCUGUUGUGAUUGCAGAACUGUAAAGAUAUGGAGAUUUGUUUGCAUGAUGGUAUGUGGCCAUAUACAAAGAACUGGGGUUGGAGACUUGGCCAAUACCGGUACCACUGACGUAGACGGGAGCGAGUGUGUCUUAUUUUAGUACCAAAGCAGCAGACUGUCAGGUCUGCAUCGGUCUAAACAUGGAGCCUCGAGCAGACACUCAUCAGACUUACUUUCAUAUCCACUUUGAUCAUUGCUCAGACUCAAUGCCAACUGGAGUGUCUAUAACUACCAGGAUGUUUGCAAUGUGCAAAAGAAUCCUAAAACUAGAUGUAGAGAAAUGGUAGUAAGAUGGUUCUGGGCCUAAAGCCUUCUCCAAAAGACAUUAAGGAAUGGCUUAAUGUUUCUGCAGAGACAGGGUUUCCUCAUUACAAUCUUCUGUUCGUUUUGGGGUUAUUAUUAUUAUCAUUAUUUUUUUAUUUAAAUGCUUCGACCACAAACUACUACCAGUAAAUGCAAAACUGAAUAGCCUCUCAGAGCGCUGCACUCACGUGAGAAUGUGGCAAAUCUGAUUAACAUCCUGAUAUCUUUCAGUAAGAGAAAAACACUGGAUGUGCAUUGCACUGGUAUGAAAUCAGUCCUGCCUAUUAGAUAUUUGUAUGAGGCUAGAUUCUCAGUGAAAAGGAGGCUCACACUGAGAGGAAGUUUGGGUUCUCCAGUUCUCAGCUUCAGACUUUGCUGACACUAAAACGGUUUCCUUGCCAGUAUAUGAUGAUGAUGAUGAUGAUGAUGAUGAUCUCAGCAUCUGUGAGAUAUUAAGGGUAUAGUCACAGACUAGCUACUGUCAAAAUCACUCUGAUCUUAUAACCUGGCAAGUUGUGUCAGCAGCUCUGGUGCAUUAGUGAUAUUCUUGCAGCGCCGGGUUAUAAUCAAAGAACUGAUGGAUAUUCAUGGUUAGUGUCAGCCAGCAGUCUUCAUUUAGGGUUCAGCUACUGUGGUUCUGAUGUGUCUGGCUGGUAAACAAAGUCUUUCUUGUCAAGUUUGGAGAGCCAAACCUCCUAAUUAGCCAGGCAGGCAGGCCUGCUGCCCGGUCCAGCCUCACAACUAUGCAAGAGGAAUGCAUAUAAUCCACACUCACUUAAUUUGUUUUUUCCUUUUUGUUUCAGUUUUUAUAUUUUCUUUUUCUCACUAUCACGCAGUAGAAAUGAAGAUGUAAACUAAUAAGAAUUUGCAAUGACAAUACUUGGCCUUAUGAUGAUUUAUGAAAUCUUAUCAUUUAAUUUUAAGAUCUUUUGAUUCUGGUCAGCCAGCCCAGCGACAGCAGCGGUGACGGCGGGCUCACUCUUGGUCUCUGUGAGACUGGCUAGACGGCCCCAGUUUUAUCGUGGUACGAAUGUUGUGCAUUUGUUUAAAAUCAGGACAGUUUGCAAUAACAGCAGUCUUACUAGUGGCCACAAAGGGGCACAAGCAGUGCUGACAGCGCCCGGCUGCGUCUUUAGAAAACCAUAGAGGAAGAAAUAUAAACUAUAUAAAUAGAUAUAUAAAGUCACACAGUGGAUAUUUGUAUAGGUUUCAACAAUGCAUUACCAUGGUGUACUCUUAUGCAACACAUGUCCGGGUUCAAUUUAUGAACAUGAAGUAUAUUAUGAAAUCACACAGACUUUGUAAAUCAGAAGCUAUGUUGUUGUAUGUUUUUUGCAGAAAUGGUUUUACCAUCGUUGUUGUUGAAUAUUCUGAGCAUAAAGUUCCUGUGUGAUUCUGUUUGUUAAAGUGAGCACAUAGCACUGGGUUCUUGGUUUUCCUGAAAGCACGGAACCAGACUUGAUCCAAAACACAGCCUCGUUUACAUUGGGGAAGCUUCCUAGAACUUUAUUCUGUGCAGAGGUUUUAAAAUCAGUCUGCAUUCUAACUCGCCUGAAUUCCAGCUUUCACACAGAACAAGGUGUGGUUAAUAAUUUGUCCGACAAAGGUUUGGUUGCUCUGAAACCUGGAUUAUGUUUUGUUUUGACAGAGAGUUCCACCCUGUCAAAUUCCCACUAAUGUGGGGAAAUAAACGUAUCUCAGUUGAGGACCUGACUAACCCUUGAUGAAUUUUAAGUCUGAAAUCCUACAAACCAGUUAUUUGGAAUCUUCCCAGCUGUGUUUUGGAUUAAUCUGCAGGGAAAGAGAAUCCUCUCCACCUAAGAGGACCCAUUUUAUCAUUGAGAACAGUGUUGAUCCAUGGCUGUGUUGUGGAGAAAAGGGAGGGUGCAUUACAAACCUCAAUGUAAAACCUCUUAGCUGACAGAUUGCGUACACUUGAGGGGUCAACCUGCCGAAUGUUGAUUUGAAUAAAUGUUGAAUGAAUGCUUCUCUUCUUUUAGUCAGUGAAUAAAAAAACAUUAAAAAGUCA